UCAGUGAGUAUUUUGCUAUGCUGACGAUGACAUGGCCGCGUUGGCGCAUGGACGUCCGUACGUACGUACACGUAGGGCGCUGUGGUCUUCCGCAAACAUCAGUAAUAUCCAACAUCUGUUUGUACACAAGCAACGUUAGUUGAAUUCCUGCCCUGCUGAUACCGGGUAGAGGACUCCUGUUCAACGUGCAUAAUUAAUGGCUGAAAUGCAAGGGGUACUCUUUAAGUGGACGAACUACCUGGCCGGUUGGCAGCUGCGGUGGUUUGUCCUAGAUAAAGGCAUCCUAGCCUAUUACAAGUCUCAGGAUGAGGUUCAUCUGGGAAGUAAAGGAUCCAUCAAAAUUGCCUGCUGUGAAAUAAUAGUCCAUCCAUCAGAUAUGUGUCGUCUUGAUCUGAUUAUUCCUGGAGAGCAGCAUUUCUACAUCCGAGGCACGUCGCCUGCUGAACGCCAACAGUGGCUUGUUGCCUUGGGCUCAGCCAAAGCAUGUCUGACGGAUGCCAAACAACAACAGAAAGAUCGGACUGAAGAGCUCUUAAAGGCCAAAAUGUCCGAGUUACGCCUGUACUGUGACACACUCAUGCAGAGUGUAGCCAGUGUGAAAAUAUCAGCUAGUAGUGAGGAAACCCCAGACAUUGAGCAGAGGCUGAAUACAUCUACCACCCUUCUAUCUGAGACCUGCGACACCUUUAUAUCCACACUUCAAGACUGCAUGAGACUAGCCAACAGCGCCUAUAGCACAUCCUUCUCCAACAGUGCAUUUAACGAGACGGUGGUCCCCCCUUCACUCCAACAGCAGUCCAAGAAGUCUACAUCAAGAUCACAUUCUGUGGAAGACAGGUACAACCCCCCUCAAAGCAAGUCUGGAAUCCCGACCAAAUACAAGAACCUUGAAGACAUAGCAGCGCGUCCCAAACCUCACCGGACGCGGGCACCACACCACCAAUCCCUGUCAGCUCCCACGACACCAACGGCUAGCACCACACCGAUGUCACUGAGCGAAUCAGAAGACGCCCAUGUGGCUGAUUCAGGAGAUGGUGGCCAGUCACAUCCGUCGGUAAUCAGAGAGGCUGAGGAGAAGGGAACUCUGUUACAAGUGGCCAUGCAGCAUCCAUCCAUGCAGGAGAAACCAAGGUUGCAGACAUUCUUCUCCAAAAUGAAACCGAACUUUGAAGAUGUCCAGAAGGACUUGGAUGAUGGCGUCAAGACCAAGUUGUUCCUAGAUGCGUGCUCACAAAUCGUGGCGAUAUUUGAUGUGAUGGGCUCGUCAGCAUUUGCACUAGUCAAGAUGGACAUGAAUGGUAAUGUAAAGAAAUUAAGGCAAAAGUACUCAAGCAACCCCGCCGCUUUCCAGACUCUACAAUCCAUUGUCCAACAGGAGAAGAGGAGCAACACUCAUCAACUCAAGAACUCUGCAACAGAUGCACUCAUGUGGCUCAGGAGGGCACUGGAGUUUGUCUGUGCAAUGAUGGAGGAGCUAGGAAAUAGUGGAAAGGACUUCUCUGUAGCUGCAACGACAGCGUACAAAAAGUCACUACAGAAAUACCACGGAUGGGUGGUUCAAGGAGUCUUCUCAGUAGCGGUUCGGGCCUCGCCUUACUAUGAAGACUUCAUCAAAUGCCUGUUAGAGAAUCCCGAAGACAUGGAACGGAAUGGGGAGCAGAUCGUUUUAGAAGACAUGGCCACUAGUAUGCAACCCUUACGUAUCCUGGUCAACCAACUUCAACAAUAUUACUACUCCGAGAACCUGGAAAACCAUGCGCAGGUAUAAUGUCAGGCAAUGGACAUUGCAGUGUAGCUCAACAAAAAGGUCAGGUCAAUUCUGAAAUUUAUUAUUCACGAUGCAGUGAUCAGAUGAAAUGGGAUGAAAUUUGCAUCAAGGAGAUUUAAAUUCGAUAUUUGGUUUUGCCCUUCACCGACUUAUUUUAUAAACAUGCCUGAAUAACUCCCUUCAUCUGAUUGGUGGGUCGUUGAUCAUGUGACAUUGAAUUAUAUGUCCCAACCCAUGGCCAGGCUGCAACGCAACAAUACAAGUUACUUUCCACAGUAGAUAAAAGUUCCAUCCAUUGCAAGGUCACACUAUUGGUUGUGCUACAAAACGGCUCAGAUGACAUGGAUUUAUUCAGGCAUUGUUAACCCUAACCGCCCUGAAUCCUUCAAAAUCCUCUUUGCCAAAGUGGAGGAAUUUGAAGGAUUGAGGUUACAUGGUAAAAGUGUGUUACUGAUUUCUUAGGAUGCACUUUGUCAAGGUCUUGGGCCGGACCUUGUGUUGUUUUUGCUUAGCCAUGCAUAAAUAUAUGCCUGGAUUAUGCUUGAAAUCCGCCGUAGUGCUCCAGGAUUGUCACUGGUCAAGCCUCAACAUAUUGACAGUCACUGUCGCAGGAUUUUGCAGGAUUCAGGCAGUUGUCACCCCUCCAUGGACCAUAUUCAAGAAAUAUUGGAGGAUUUUGCAAUAUUGAGGCUAAAUAAUGAAUGUUUUAGGCUUCGUCUGGUGAAAAAAAACAACACUCCAUCUGUCCUUUAUGAAAUUAGUCUUACCAUUGCGCU